AUGGCUCAACAUCAAGUGCGUAAACAGAAAGGAGAGAGUGCUCAUGAUCAGCCAGCAAGAGAUGAUGUUCCAACUCUCAGUAUUAAACUGCCAAAGAAAAGUGACCUUCCUAACGUAUCAAAACCUUGGAGUGAUGUUCAACUCCCAGUUGACAUUCUUUUGAUGACAGUGGAGGACUGUGAGUUCCUGGCCUGUUAUACAUUCCUGAGAAAUCCUAUUAAAAGUUAUCAGCAGAAUCUUGGAUUUGUGUACUUUGGAACCAUGGGUGAAAGUGGAGAUGUCCCACUUAAAGUUGCUUUGAUGAGAUGUUCUGAAGGUUCUUCUGUGCCAGGUGGCUCUCUAGUCACUGUUAAGAAUGCUGUGGUGGGACUGAGACCCAAAGCUGUUUUCUCUGUUGGCUGCUUGGAGGGGUUAAACCCAGAAUUCACCAAGUUACAGCUAGGUGAUGUGGUGGUUUCUUCUAAGCUCACAACUGAAGCAUUUAAAACCCCAGUAGGAAGAGGUAUCAUGCAGCUUGUCAAGCAUGCAGAUGAUGGUUGGACUCCUCCGUUAACAAGUCCAGAAGUUCAUGAAGUUCAAGUCUGCUGUGAUGGGGAGAUUAUUAGUGGCACAGACCCAAUCAGUGCUAAACGGCAAUGUAUGUCAGACUCUUCUAAAGCAGUUGGAUUCGAAAGGGGUGGUGGAGGUAAGAAUUGUCAGUUAAAUGUCAUUAAGUCAAUCGUAUUACCCUUUGUAGCCAGAUUACAGCUGAUGGUUUUGUUGGUGCAUAGUGCAGGAAACCAAGAAUUAUUCUUUAUAGUUAAGCCAAAGCAAAAAGAAGGAAUGAUUGGCCAGGAGUGAUUGUUUCCUUCACAGUGCUAUAAACCCACCCUGGUCUGCUAGCAGUUCCCAGGGUCCAUUUUUCAAAAAAUCCAAAAAUGUGUGAGCCCAUUCUAAUAACUCUAUUGAAAAUGCGACCUGUUUUAGUCAGUCCAGUCGUAAAAAGGUGACCCCAUCCAGCGGCACAUCCCCAUUAGCCUCUUAUAAGGAAGUACCCCUCUGGGAGCCGUUCAUGAUUUACCUCUGCAUUUCUUGCAGUUCAUGUCAGGGCUGUCUAAGGCUUAGGCCUGGGGGGAUUUCCCCUGUCUAUGUUGUAGUUCAAUUUUUUUACUGGUUUAAAUUUUUUCUGAACCAGUUCAAAAUUUUUAAACUGUUUUUAUUAUUUUAUACCAGUUUAACUUUUUUAAAUAGGUCACUUUUCUAUUUUACUCUGCCUCAGGUGGAGGUUAUUCUAUGUAAUCCUUAAGUAGUGAAUUAAGUGAUUAAGAUUAAGCACACAUUUCUUGCUCAUUGUUUAAAAAUAGACACUUCGGAAAAUUAAAGCUUCAUAUGUACUUUUUUUCACCUCACAAGUUGUUAUGCUUAUUUCUGUUGUUGGCCCUUUUCUGAUCGCUAAAUGAUAAAAUUUCUAACAUUUGAUAAUAUUAUUUGUUUCUCCACUACGACAUUCUCAGUAAAAUACGUAGUAGAAUGAUAAUGGCUAUCACAUUUUCCCGCCCAAAUGACAUUGGUUCACCCACAUGCCCACACUACUUAGUGUUGGAAAAAUCUUGUUCUCAUAGUCAUCCUUGUUUUAGAAUCUAAAGCUAUCCAAUAUCAAACAGAGCCAAAAAACACCAUCCAAAAAACAGAAAGCCCAUUAACAUUAAAUUUUAAAAUAAGAACAAGUAUGUUUUCGACCAUUGAUAAGAUCCUUUACAAGUCGACCACUUCAUUUCAGCAGAGUGUAACUACAGUAUCCCUUCAUAUAACCAAUAGCAUGCACUCCCACAACUACCUCACCUAAAAUUAAUCACUUUUACCUUCCAAAAAAAUUAUCUUUUGUUACUUCAUAUCAAAUUCUAUGGGAAACCAGUUUCACUGAUUAACAAACUACAGGCAUUAUCUUGUCAAUCCACGUCCAAUAUAACUCCACACCUUCCACUCACACAUCUCAACCAACCCCUAAAAUAUCCAACACUACUGCACUACUCACACAUCUCUAAUAAACAUGAAAAACUUCAAAUAUGCCUAGUACAACGACAUCCAAAAAUAAACUCCCACAAUGUCUUUAAUGUUAUUUUGGUGUCUGGAAAACUUAGACCUCUGAGACCUGAAAAAAUUUACAUUAUGUUUGUUCUGAUUUGUUUUUGUUGUUCUAUUUAUAGGACUGUUUGCUGCAGCCCAAGAUAGGAAGAUUGAAUGGGUGAUUGUUAAAGGGAUAUCUCAUUUUUCCAAUGAUGGCAAUGCUUCUAAUGAUUUCUGGAAGUCAUUUGCUUCCAUCAUGGCAGCCUCUCUUGUGUCCAACAUGUUAAAUGAUCCAGUUGUUUUCAAAGAGUGA